AGAAACACGUUUUUUAUUUAGCUUGACGGACGUCCCUGGAUUUGCAAUUAGACGUGUAACACGACGCCUUAAGAGAUGGUGGGUGAAAAUUGGCGUGAGGUGUUGGGGUUCUCGAUUUGACGCCUGUCUAAACUACAGGCAAAGUCGGCAACCAGCAUUAAGUUGAAGAUUAUGCCUAGAAGAGUAUAGAAAUAAGUUAUGCAAAUUCAAAUUGAUAUAAAUUGAAGCUAUAUCAAAUAAUUUAGGAUCGAAGUAGUAAAAUGGCUGAGUGUCAUCAGCAAAUGAAUGCGAACUCAAAUAUUCGAUGGACGUAUAAAUAUCGGAAAUAUAAAUUAAGAAUAAUACAGGUCCAAGGACAGAACCUUGCGGUAUACCUGAUGAAACAGGGAGAAAUUCAGAACUCACAUUGUCGAGGGCUGUUAGCAAAGCAGUUUUCAAAAAAUCAAGCCGAUCAAAGCCUUUAGAAUAAUCUAAAUGAAUGAACUGUUUCCAUAACGACAACCGUCCAAACAAUAAGCUAUCGAAAAAUUCCCUGUCAUGUGCACGCGAGCCAAACGUCGGAGGUUAGAAGACAACUCCCUCCAACUCCCCGACGAAUUGCUGGUACUCAUAUUCGCGAGGCUUGACCAUACGGAACUGUACCAAAACGUGAGGCUCGUCUGCAAACGUUGGUUCCUUCUAGCUUCGACCCCGACCUUAUGGACCAGGAUCGCAGCUGAUCCAGCAACUCCCACGGGAACCGUGUGCCGAUGGAUCAGGACGUCCCGUUUACUGAACCAGGUGCGAUUCCGAGGCAGGAACGACGCCAACGCCCUUGUCGACCAUGCAGCGAGGUAUUCCUCGAACUUGAGGCUAAUAGACGUCAAAAACUGUUGGGGAACAGCCUCUUCUGACGUCAUAAGAGGGAGGGGCCUGUGCCGCUUACUGGAACGGUGCCCGAAACUAGAAAGGAUGACGUUCGAAGGCGUGAAGAUCAAAUCGUGUAAAUUUUUCCGACUGAUCGGAGCCAGGCCAGCCACCAACCGUAGGGCGACGGAAACCGACUCAGGCUACCGAUUCAGUUACGACGGCCCAAUGAGCGGCAAACAGCUGACUUUUCUGGUAGAUGCGGUGUUGUCAAAUCGACGCCCGUUUGUUCUGAUGUUGGACGGCAACAACGGCCGGAAAGUGACGAUGGACAACGAACGCUCCGAAGUGACGUUCGAGUGCGGCGCGCGUAUUUGAGCGUCCCUGUAUCGUGUUGUGGUCGGUUGUAAAAUAUACGGAGUG